CUCCUUGUUGACGUCUGACGUAGGAGUGACGUCGACACGCAGGACUCAUGGCUGCCCUCUGCAAGUCUUUUAAUUUCUCUCGAGAUACCGACUGUUUCUACUAAUUUUGGACGUCUGGUACCCCACGAAACUACUAUGACCUCUACAAUGAGUAAAGAGGGAGACCAAUUGCUGUGUGCUGCGGAGAACAAGGCUAACAAAAGCAACGUUAUGGAAAAUGGAAGGGAAGGGUCACAGUUAGAGGACCAGAAAGAAGAACAAGCUAGUGGAAAAGACAACAAGGACAUAAAGCCAAAAAAAGACAAUCCUAAAAACAAAGAUAAAAAAAGAAGACCCCCUUUCCGACGGAAAGCCAAAAAGCCUGGGCAAACAUCUAAUGUGUUGAACCUCAACAAUGAGGUGGUGAAGAUGAGACACGAAAUGAGGAGGGUGAGGGUUCUGGUCAUCAGGAAGCUAGUGCGUCGAAUGGCCGAACUCAGAAAGAUGAAGGGCAAAGAAGAGGAGGUGAAACAGAACGAAAGGAGAGCGGCCAGAUUGCUUGAAGAGAUCCAUGCGAUGAAGACGCUUAAACCAGACGUGGUCACCAAGACUGCCUUACUGAAGGAUCUGAAUUUUGAUGCAGUGUGUCGAGAUCCCCAGUCCACCAUGACUGACCGUGCUCUUGCGCGACUUGCCACUCACCCUCAGUUUAAGAAGAGAAUUGAUGAAAUAAAUGCGGCUGUGGAGGCCUUCAAAGUGGAUCGAAUGAAACACCUAAGUACAGGAGAAAGGGGGGAAAAAGCACAAAAAGAUAACAGGACUACGCAGUCACCAGAUAGCAUAAACCAUGGAAAAGGUGAACUAGGACAGGAAGAAGAGGUCGCAGCAGUAGAGCAGGAGGAAAGUGCAGGGAAAAAUGACGAGCCCAAGAAAUGCAUAGUUGUUCCAAAAACACCUAAUCCUGAAAAAAAACUGCAGAGACCUCCAGCUGACGUUACUGGCAACCAUAAAACUCUUGAGGCUCCAAUUUCAAAACCCAAAUCAUCCAAAGCAAAAAUGCCUGCUAAAGCACCAGCUAAAGCUCCAGAAACUGAACCUGCUCUGAAACAAAACCCUGACACGCUCCUCACUGAUGCAGCAGGAGAACAGGAGAGUGAUUUGUCUGACAACGAGGAGAAAGAGUACUUCGAUGACAGCACAGAGGAACGCUUCCUUAGACAGUCUUCCCUCUCAGAAUGCAGCGACAGUGGGGAUGACUUCUUUGUUGGUAAAGUCAGCAAAUUUAAGAAGAAGAAGAAAACUCCGGAGAGUUGCGAUGGAAAGCAAAAAGCAAAACAAGACUCUUCAAAUAAAUCAGGCGUUAUUGAGAGUGAACUGCAUGAGCUGGAGUCAAGGUUGAAAUCAAAACCCUCCAAACUUCAGUCUGUGUUUUGCUCCUCGCUGUCUCGGUCCAAGCCAAGCAGGGGACGAGUGAAAGGAGGGGCGGAUGUGCGAGGUGGUGGUCCGGUUGUGAAGAAAGAGAUCCAAAGGGAGGCUAAAGUAUACGAGAAGCAAAGCAAACCUGAAGUAGCCAGGAGCUUUCGAUCCACUGCUGGGGUUAGAGGAACAGGCCGAGGUGCCUUCCCCCCAAAGGGUCGCGGUGGAGUUGUUUCCCAUGUGGCGUCAAAGCCUACUCUGCAUCCAUCAUGGGAAGCAAGUAAAAGGAGGAAGGAGCAACAGGGACAAAUACAGGCCUUUCAAGGGAAGAAGAUUAAGUUUGAUGACAGUGAUUAGCAUCAGCGCUGAUCAACUUUUAAUCGUGUUAAUGAAAAAAAAUAUAUAUAAAAAAACAAAACGAACACAUGUAUUUCAUUGGUAGUACAUGUUGACCUUCACAAUUUUGUCAUGACAAGUCUUUUAACUCACAUUAAUUUUGCAACUGAAAACUUAAAUUAAAAUGUAAAAACAAAAUUGUUUCUUGUAAUAAUUUCAUUAAAUAACUGGGAUGUGCCAACUGUUUUCAGUAGUAGCUGGAUUGUCACUUAUGUUGUGAUCUUUGAUACUAAUAUUUUCAUGUGUUGAUAAUGCAAAUGGUAUUAUAAUACAUUUUGUUUUGCAAUA